AUGGCCGAUUUAGAGCCGAAUGUCGUUGAUGCUGUCAAAAACUCGAUCUACGGAUCUCUUUACAAUCAACGGCUCAUGAUAAACGGCAAGGAAGACUCUGCUAGUAACUAUGGAAGAGGACAUUAUACGAUUGGAAGGGAAAUAAUUGAGCCUCUGGUGAAAAAUGUAGAAAGCGCCAAAGAACAGUGCGAUGCCCUUCAAGGAAUAAUUGUGUAUCAUUCUCAUGGUGGUGGAACUGGUUCUGGCUUGACGGCCUUACUCCUUGAAUAUAUCAAGGAAACUAAGGUGCCGAUUAUGGAAGUGCCGGUUUUUAUUUCGCCUAAAUUUGCGUCUUCUGUGGUCGAACCUUACAAUGCCCUCCUGUAUGCUGGAAGACAGUACGGACGCAAUCUUUCUAGCUGUUCAAUUAUGUUCGAUAAUCAAGCUUUAUAUAAAAUAUGCCAGAAUUAUUUGGACGUAGAAAUACCGAGCUUUUAUAAUACGAACCGCCUUAUUGCACAGGUGAUUUCGUCAAUUACAGCAUCUACAAGAUUCACAGAUCCAUCGAUAGCAAACUUUUCAAAUGUUAUCAACAGUCUUGUUCCGCAGCCAAGGAUAAAUUAUCUUUCAUAUUCAUGUGCUCCUCUUAUUUCUCCGGAAAGCCAGAAUACUGCAGAAAACAAUUCGAUUCAUGAGAUGAGUCGUUUUUGCUUCAAGUCUGAGAAUCAAUUCAUUUCGAUAAGUAAUCAAAAGUCAGAAGGUCCAUUUUUGAGCACUUCUUUAUUAUACCGUGGAAAUGUAAGAAGCGAAUCUAUCAGUAAAACAAUACAGAAACUGAAGAAAGAAUUCAAUUUUUGCCAAAAUAGGACUCAAUCUGCAAAUUGGAAUCCUGCUCGAAUUCAGUCGCAACCACCACCUCUUCCAAGAACAUACGAUCUGCAGUCUUCUGAUCCGUCAGUUUGCUCUGUUACAAAUAGACUUGACAUCGUAGAAGUAUUUAAAAUGGUCAAUCGAAAAUUUGAUUUGAUGUAUGCAAAGAGAGCAUUUGUUCACUGGUUCGUUGGUGAAGGUAUGGAAGAAGGCGAGUUCUCUAUUGCUCGUGAAAGUUUGGCAAGAUUAGAAAAUGAAUAUGCGAGCUUAGCGUCUCCCGAACAAACAAUCCAACAGCCCCCUCAAAGCGUCAAAAACACAUCUAAACUAGACCCGAAUUCCAUCCAGCCAGAUUUUUCUCCAAAUGAGUUUCACGAUGACGAGAUCAUUCUCGCCGGGCACUUGUUUCAAUCGACGCCGCUGAUACCAUUCAAGACUUGGGAAAGUGGCUUACACAUCCGACGCGAUCUACUUGAGUUUCUGAACGAUGUUUACCAGCGGAAAGAGUUCGAGGUCAAGCUAAAUCGAUUCGAUCAUGAGUUGAAGAGCGCGCACAACUGCGAAUUCGACGAAAUCAAAAGAUCCGAGGAACACCUCUAUUCAGACAUUUUUCAAGCGUUCAAAGAUCUCGAAGAUACGUCUGAAAAUGUCCAAAGACUCAAACUCGCGCGACUCGCUUCACAGCUUGAUCUCGGCUACAUGACUGGAGAAAUUAAAUACAAGCUUUUGCGAGAUGCUGAGCAUCUCUUUUCCGAUGAGUUAUCGAAAUAUAAAGCUAGAAUCGAAAAAAUUCUGAAAAACCGUUUGGCUCUUGCGAAAAUAUGGGUUUAUCGCUGGCAGCAAAGAAAGUCCGACUGGAACACGGCGAAAGAAAAGAUCGAAAGUGAUCUAGAUUCGAUUGCAACAGAAAUAAAAAUUCCCCAAAAUCGAAAAAAGGAAAUGCUGAAUUCUGUUCUCGGCGAAAUUCUACAAAUUCGCGACGAAUUCAACAACUUGUUGGACGAUGCUCUUGACGAUCAUGAAAACGAAAUCGUUGUUGAUUUCAAAAAAGCAAAACGAGAGUUUAUCGCCGAUCUUCUGGCGAGAAAGAACUUGAAAAACAUUGACUUGAGCGAGUUUUUGGAUAUUCUAGCGGACUUUGAUCUUCAGAGUGCGUCGAAGCUUCUGAAAGAUGUGGCGAACAUUGAAGCUCAAAUGGCUAAUAGAAUUUGCUCAGUGUUUCAAAACUACUUGUCGGACUUGAAAAUGGACCGCCAGAAACUCCGAAAGCUUCAAGAUUUUGUCGAUGAAUCAGAAAAUCGACGAAACAGAGACACGAAAGAUUCUCUCGAUGAAUCGCUUCGAAGAAACACAAAGAGCUCAAAGUCUUCAAGGCCAAAAGCGAAGAAACUCAAUAGGUCGCUCUUAGAACUUACACUUUCUAAAGAACAAAAAAGAGAACUGCAAGAGCGACUGGAAGAUGAAAGUAGCACGAAAAAAUUUGCAGAAACAUCAUCAAAUUUCAUUGUUUCUUACCACCAAGAAUUCGAAAACAUCGUUCGUGACAGGUCCUAUUCUGAUCGCCUCGUUGACUACGAAGAAAAAUGGACGGCUUGUUUUAUAAAAACUACAGAAGAACUCAAAGAGAUUAAGAACGAAAACAAUCCGAGAGGAAGUGAUCAGCUUUUUGUUCAAAUAUUUGGCGAGAUUCUAGUGCAAGAACGCGUGAAUGGACUUGAGAAAGUCUUAAAAUACAAGGAAAUCUAUCAGACCCUUAUUGACCUGAAAGGGAUUCUCUUUGUUACUGCAUUUGAAAACCGAUUGAAAGGAGUUGAACCGAGCGACAUUGUCCGCCUUUACGAGUCUUCGAAAUCUGAGCAAGCUAGAAUUGAAGAGCAUGCAGAUAUAGAACGAGAACGAUCGUUUUCGAAAAAAGAUGAUUCGGUGACGAAGCGAAUCGAUUCUCUUGAUGACAACGUCGACCACAUCUCAUUUGAUGGCGUCCUGCGCGAUUCUGCUCUUGAGCAAAUUAAGUUCGAGGAAACCUUCAGAAUUCAGAAUGAGCGUCAAAAAAUAUCUGCAGAUCUAGCAGCUAAAAAUAUGAAGACGAAGGCAGCGCAAGAAAUAUCUGUUUUGCAAAAGAUUUGUGGUGUGAUGCGACUUUCCGAGGCGAAUCUAACGAUGGUGAUGACAGACAUGAGCAGCUUGAACGUAGAAAUCAUCGAAGAUCUUGCAGAACAGCUGUCUACGUCUCACAGAGGUGCUGAUCCGAAGCUGAUGGAUGCGAUAGAAGCGAUGGCGAAGACUUACAAGACUGACAAAGCGAAAAUGUACGAUUAUAUCCAACAUGGAAUAACAAGCGCGAUGCGAGAAAACUCAAAAGUCAGGCUGAGAAUACCGUCAAAUGAUUUCCGCGCUUCGUCAGUUCAGAAUCCCAUUCUUCGUCCAAGAUCUUCCGGAGGAAGAAGAAUAUCGCCCGAGUUUUGA